UGAUAAACAUGUGGAUUGUAGGUAUAAAAAGAUCGUGAAAGAUAACACGGUCUUACUACAAAACACAGCUUGAAAUAUGUGUUCGAUAUAGUACUUACUUCAGAAACUGGAUACUUAAAAUUACUAUACAAAGAUGAUUGUGGGAUACGGAGCAGUGACGCAGGCCCUUCUCGGCACCCUUCUGACGUGGGGACUUACAGCCGCGGGAGCCGCUUGUGUAUUUUUUAUUCGAGGAAAACAUCGAAAGCUGUUGGAUGUUUCGCUAGGCUUUGCCGCUGGUGUGAUGACCGCGGCCUCGUACUGGUCUCUCUUAGAGCCAGCUAUAAAAAUGUGUGAAGAGUCAGGCUAUUAUGGUGACAAGGGACAGUACGCAUUUAUUCCAGUUGCAAUGGGUUUCCUGUUUGGAGCUGUAUUUGUGUUUGCCACUGACAGAUUUUUGGAUUAUCUGGGAAUCAAUUCAACAAACAUGAUGAUAACAAUAACAAAAAGCAAAGACUCCAAAGAAAAACUAGAAGACUUAGAAAUGAUGACAGCUCUCAACAGGCGGCCGUCGAACCCCACAGUGGUCACGCUGGAACCACAGCCCAUAGAGUUCACUGAUUGUAUAUCAAACCAGCACACGGCACAGAGGCGGCGUGGUCAUCACCAAUCCCAGAACUCACUCAAAACAGACGGUGGCGAAGGCGACCGCCGCGACAGUUUGCAGCGGACGCUGGAAGCGCGACAGUCGCAGUGGAAAAGGAUAAUGCUGCUGGUGGUAGCCAUCACGGUCCACAACAUACCGGAGGGCCUGGCUGUUGGCGUUGCCUUCGGUGCCGCAGCUUCGUCCUCACAAGCCUCCUUCCAGAGUGCCAGAAAUUUGGCGCUUGGAAUCGGUAUCCAGAACUUUCCAGAAGGCUUAGCUGUUAGCUUGCCGCUACAGUCCGCAGGAUUUUCCGUAUGGAGAUCAUUCUGGUACGGUCAGUUAUCGGGCAUGGUGGAGCCAGUUUUCGGCGUGUUGGGAGCGGUGGCGGUAGCGGCCGCCCAGCCCGCUCUACCAUACGCGCUGGCAUUCGCGGCAGGCGCCAUGAUUUAUGUCGUAGCAGAUGACAUCAUACCGGAGGCUAAUGCAUCUGGCAACGGAAAGCUGGCGACUUGGGGCUGUAUUGUGGGCUUCAUGGUCAUGAUGUGCCUCGACGUGGGACUUGGAUAAGCCCAGCUCACACGCCUUGCCUUCAACACUAAUUCUCAACAUUAACGUGCUCUGCCUCAUGGAAGUAAGGUACAGUGACUGGAAAACAAGUAGUCCCAUCUGGACCCGAGGCGUAUGGCUGCGCAGUGUACAAACUGAUCUUAUGCUGGCCGUAUGGACGUUGUGCGUAACUGCUUAAAACGCCAUAUUGCGACUUCAGAUUGGGCUUCUUAUUUUACGAGAACUGUAGGUACUAUCACAUUACAGACUCAAUACAAUUCAUUAUUAUCGCUUAAUUAUCUCGUCCCUUUAGCAGUUUUGUGCACUAACAUGCACGCCACGAUGUUAUUAUGUCUACUAUUUUCUCUUCCUAUUUAUAAUAUGAGAUAAGACGAAACAAUUAAAGUUAGAAGAUUCAGAGUUACCGACAUAGCUGAACGAGUCUCAUAACUGAAGUGACAAUGAGCGGGCACAUAGCUCCGAAAACUCAUAGACUUUGGGGUCCCGAGGAGUUUAAAUGGUGACCUCGCAGUGUUGGUAGAUCUCCGACGAGGUCGACAGAUACCAACAAACGAGUCGUAGGGAGCCGCUGGACCCAAGCGGCACAAGACCCUGGUAUUCGGAACUCCAUACAAAAUACCUAUGUCCAGCAGUGGUCGUCCAAUUGACAUGACGAUGUAAUGAAGGCGAGAAAAUAGGUAGACAUAAUUAUGUCGUGGUUGACACAGGGUAGGCAUUAAACAGACAGGAUGACUGUAAUAGGGUAAUCUGUAUUAUUAUUGGCAACUAUAUUCUUUGUAACAAAUGUCAUGUUUGUGUAAAGCUAUAGUAUAUUCUCAAAAAUUCUAUAACUCUCAUUUAGGAAAUUUUGAAAAAAUAUGAAACCCACCUCAUGUGACUUAUACAAUCUAAAAAUAGACGAAUACAUGUUGAUAUUUGACAGAGUAACGCCAAAUUCAACGGCGACUUUGUUUGUUUACUACAACCACAUUGGCAAAAAGCCACACCACCCCACGCUGCAUACAAAACUAUAUCCAGAAACAAUAUCAAUGCCAUGCCAUGUACCUCUCUUAUUUCCGGAGUUAUAAAUUAAAAAAAAUGUC